UGGAAAAUACUCACUCACAGUCAAUUAAUUUAAACUGUUAAAAAUACGGGCGCGACACAGAUCGCGCGGCGCGUGGCGGGAGGCUCGCGUGUAAAAGCAUGCGCAGGCUGCGCGCACGCAAGUCACGAUGUUGCGCGCCGCGCUGUGGACGUGCUCGCUGCUCGCGCUCGCUUCCGCGCACAUCUACGAGCGCUGCGAGCUCGCGCGCGAACUACAAGCCCUCGGCGUGGAACGCGAACAGAUAUCCACGUGGGUCUGCAUCGCCUUCCACGAGUCUCGGUUCGACACAGCCGCCAAAAACCAUUACAGCGGCGACCACGGACUCUUCCAAAUCAGUGAGCUGUACUGGUGCGGCCCCGGCAAGGCUUGCGGCCUCCCCUGCUCUGCAUUGAGGGAUGAAGAUAUAUCAGACGACUUGGAGUGCGCCUUACGAAUAAAAGAAGAACACACGAGGCUGCAGGGCGAUGGAUUCCUUGCCUGGGUAGUGUAUCCUCAACAUUGCAAGCAUAACACGAAGAAGUACAUUGUAGACUGCGACAGUCAGCUGAAGGACGUACCAGCGAAAACUCGUAUGAGACCGCGCACGUUCAAUUCUUAUGAACGCAACAAUGCAUCUUUCGACUACAAUCCGAACAUCGACGAUUUGAAACCGCCGUACCUCUCCAUCAACUCGAUUGUUCGAGGUGGCUUUAGUAAAAUACUAGAAUCGAGCCAUUAUCAGAAAAAUUCUGAUUCUCCAUAUAGCUGGUUGAAUUAUAAGAUAGACAAUAUUGAUGAGCUUACUUUACCCGUGUUGGGAAAGGCGUCUGAGCCGUACACAACGCCCCGAAGGACAACAACAACUACAACGACGACUACGACGACUACUACUCCUUCAACGACCACUACAUGGAGCACCUAUCCACCUAUCAAAGUAUGGAGGAGGAUUGAAACAAAUGAUUUCCGGAAAAAACCAGCUAAAAUUGACAAGAAAACUACCCCAUCAAAGUGGUCUGGGUUAGAAAAACCAUCGCCGUCUUACUUUGAAUCAUCAACGCCGAAUACUACACCUUCAAAGUGGUUGGAGUUAGGAAAGCCAUCACCUUCAUACUCUGUAUCGUCAACGCCGAGCGCUACACCUACAAAGUGGUUGGAGUUAGGAAAGCCAUCACCUUCGUACUCUGUAUCGUCGACGCCGAUCGCAACGCCUUCAAAGUGGUUGGAUUUAGGAAAGCCAUCGCCUUCAUACUCUGUAUCGUCCACGCCGAGCGCUACACCUACAAAGUGGUUGGAGUUAGGAAAGCCAUCACCUUCGUACUCUGUAUCGUCGACGCCGAGCGCAACGCCUUCAAAGUGGUUGGAUUUAGGAAAGCCAUCGCCUUCAUACUCUGUAUCGUCGACGCCGAGCACUACGCCUUCAAAGUUGUUGGAGUUAGAAAAGCCGUCACCUUCGUACUCUGUAUCGUUAACGCCGAGCGCUACGCCUUCCAAGUGGUUGGAUUUAGGAAAGCCAUCACCUUCGUACUCUGUAUCGUCAACGCCGAGCGCUACACCUACAAAGUGGUUGGAUUUAGGAAAGCCAUCGCCUUCAUACUCUGUAUCGUCAACGCCGAGCGCUACGCCUUCAAAGUUGUUGGAUUUAGAAAAGCCGUCACCUUCGUACUCUGUAUCGUCAACGCCGAACGCUACGCCUUCAAAGUGGUUGGAAUUAGGAAAGCCUUCAUACUCUGUAUCGUCAACACCGAAUACUACGCCUUCAAAGUUGUUGGAGUUAGAAAAGCCGUCACCUUCGUACUCUGUAUCGUUAACGCCGAGCGCUACGCCUUCAAAACGGUUGGAGUUAGGAAAACCGUCACCUUCAUACUCUGUAUCGUCGACGCCGACCAUUAGUGCAAGUUACGAGCCCCGAACCCUUAGGACUUCGACUGAAGCUACUACAGUCACCAAGCCGACUACUAAAGCCCCAACCACAACCAUUUCUACAACCAGAGUCUACACGACUACAACUACGCCAUUCAUUUGGACCACCACUACCAAGCCUACUCAACGUCAGUUCUCAUCUAUAAAGUUCAAUACUAAAUCUUCUGUUGUACCUACGACAAGGUUUCCUUCAUUUUCAUAUUCUACAACUAGCAAACCCUCAACACUCAGUUCGAACACUGCCAAACCUUACUACCAACGAGAAUUAUCUAUAAAGAACACAACGGAACCUUCUUUUGUAACUACGAGGUAUUUUUCAUCACCCACAUAUUUUACAACUGAUAAACCCGCAACACGAUCGACUACUGCCAAACCAUACUAUAAUCGUGAACUAACUUAUGCAAAAGUCACAACGGAAAUUCCUACUGUAUCUAAGGCAAGAGUCCCGCAGCCCACAUAUUUUACAACUAGUAGACCCUCAACAACUACUUCUACUCAAAACCCAACAACCACAACUAAAACACCCACAACAUUUACCUUUACUACUCAAAGGCCAACAACUACAACUAAAAGACCCACAAGAACCACCUCUACCACUCAAAGAACAACAACUACAACUAAAAGACCCACAGAUUGGUCCUUUACAAGAAGUCUUUCAAGUUCAAGCAAACCGAUUUAUGGAUCAGCUAUAACUAAAGGUACAACGACUACGCAGAAGCCGAUAACCUUUACCAGCCGAACACAGAAACCCACAAACUCUUGGAGUUAUACCCGAGGAACUACACAACCAACUACAAAACAGACGGUCGUAACUACAACACCAAGGAAUAGAUACAGCUUUUACCAGCCAAGCUCAUCUACGACUGUUAAACCUAUUUUCAAAACCACAACCGAAAAACCAGAUGCAUUUAAAGUUUUCAACACGUUCAGAACUUCGAGGUUUUUGACUGAAAAUACCUCUCAAAGAUCGACUAGUCGUUCUUUUUCGGCUUUCACAAGCCGGCCGGUGACGGCACCUUCCACAAAGGCGUUUACGCAAAGGCAAGUGACAACUCGUGGACCUACAGCACAAAGCUCGUCAACCACCAAAAGUUGGCAGUCAAUAUUUGACCUCUACUUGAAACCGACUCAAAGGCCGACAAUGAAACCACUGGUAUUCAAGGAGCUUAGUAAAAAUGCAUAUAGACUGAAAAUAUUUUCAGGUGGCACCACCACACCGGUCCCGCUUAAUACUUUAAGUGGGAGCGCCAAGCUAUAAAAAUACUGCCAAAUAUAAGAAUGGAGAGCCUCCAUUACGUAUCAUGGGGAUUCCGGAUAAGAUUAUAUCGAUCUUUCUUUACGAGCGCACCUGCUGAUCAAAAUCUUGAAAAUCUCGAAUAGCGCGCACGUUAACCUUUAAAGCAACACCAGCUUGACAGGAUCUUGCGAUAGCACGUGGAGGCCCUCGAUACGUCAAUGUGCCAUAGAAACGGCACUAGUGUGUACUUUAAGUGUGUGUAAAUAUUAGUUUAGUAUAUUUCUAUUUGAACAGGCAAAAAACCUUAACCUCCUACAACGUUUAUUUGUCUGUUCGAAGC